GAACACGUAAGGGAAUUUUUGCAGUUUUAAUCUUCAAUCAAAAUAACAUAACCAUCGGCUUGUGCGAACACGAGAAUAAAAAUGGUUGAUGUUUGUUUAAAAACAAAACAAAAACAACCCGUUUUGCACAAACACGUUUUAUUUGAAAUUAAGCUUCGCAUUGCUCUGAAAAUGUGAGCUUCCAGUGGAUCACGUGAAUUCAAACUUCCAUAUUCCGUUGCCUCCCGUGACAACUGAUUAAUUCGUUGCGGCAUGACGUCGUAAGCGUGAUGACAUUCGCUGAACAUUACGACUUGUCAAUUCAGACGUCACGGGUGCCACUUGCGUAAUUACGCAUCAGACUUUGUACUAAAGACUCAAAUCGCUCUCAAACUCUCACGUACAGAGAGAAACCCCCCACCACCAAACAUUAUGAAAUGCCUUUUCAAUAACUCACGAGGACAUCUGCAUGGAGUGUUUAGGUGGAUAAGACGCAUAGCUUGCAGCUCAACGUCAAACAAAACAAGAAAAAAAAUACAUAUCGUUUGGAUUAGGACAUCCUUUUCAAGACUGGUGUUUGCAUUUGGACGUACUUGAUUAGAAUGCAGGAGCAUCCCACAAUGUCUGUGUCAAUUGCACCCAAAUCUCCGCGGAGACCGAGGAAGAGGACCGGCCCCACGGUGUCCAUCCUCAUCCUAAACGCCAUUUCCUCCUACGGGGGUUCGCGCGGCGUGUCCCUGGUGGCCCUCAAGAAGGCGCUGAACGCCAGCGGCUACGACGUGCCCAGGAACCGAGCUCGGAUCCGCCUCGCUCUGCGCAGGCUGGUGGCCCGAAACGUCAUCAUGCGCACCAGGGGCAAAGGGGCUUCUGGAUCCUUCAAACUCAACCCCAAACCGCCCGGGGCUCGCAAAAAGGGGGCUGUGAGGGCGGAGAGGAGGCCCAAGAAGAAGAGGAGGAGGGCACAGUCGAGGGCGAGGGGGAAAGGAAAAGCGAAAGGGAAGAGGAGAAAGGCCCAGGGGAGAAGGGCCAAGAGGGGGCGCUCCAGGAGAAGACGCAAGAAGGCCACUCCUGCGCGAAAGCGGUCGACCAAGAAGAGGAGGAGAAGGAGAAGGGCCCCGAGAAGGACCCCGAGAAGGAAGACGCCAAAGAGAACCAGGAGGAUCCGACGGAAGCGGCCCAAAUCAGCCAAGGUCCAAAAUAGGAGGCGGAGUAGGACGAGCAGAAGGGUGUACUAAUGCUCCUUGGCAUUCCUGGCAUCUUAAGAAUCACGUGGACCAUUUAUUUAUGAAGUUAUUUUGUCUAUGCUAUCUGUCCUUCUGUAAUAGGAAAUAAUAACCCUGCUGUUUCAGCAAUUCCCUUCCUUAUUGUCCAUGUUGUGAACAAUAAAACUCAUUUAACUGAA